GCGCGGCCAGAGAGGGCAGAACUGAGCCGCUCCGAGCCGCGCCGCCGGGAGAGGAGCUCCGCACCCCGCUCCGCACCGGCUUCGGGCCCCGGCGGGAGCCCGCCGCUGCCAGCCCGGAAGAAGCUAAACUGGAAAAGGAGUGACUGAAGAAGUAGUUGAGGAACUGUCUGAAGGAACAAAUCCAGUUCUAAACAAGAUCAAGUUGGAAUUAAAUGGCUGAUAAACAGAUCAGUUUACCUGCCAAGCUGAUCAAUGGAGGGAUAGCUGGGCUGAUUGGGGUCACCUGUGUAUUUCCCAUUGACUUGGCAAAAACUCGCCUGCAGAACCAGCAGAAUGGCCAGCGGAUGUACACCAGCAUGUCUGACUGCCUCAUUAAAACUAUUCGUUCAGAAGGCUACUUUGGCAUGUACAGAGGCGCUGCAGUGAACCUGACUCUAGUGACACCAGAAAAGGCUAUCAAGCUGGCAGCCAAUGACUUCUUCCGGCAUCACCUCUCCAAAGAUGGGAAGAAGCUGACACUGCUGAGGGAGAUGCUGGCAGGCUGCGGUGCGGGUACCUGCCAGGUGAUCGUCACCACUCCCAUGGAGAUGCUCAAAAUCCAGCUGCAGGAUGCAGGACGGAUUGCGGCACAGAAGAAGCUGAUGGCAGCACAGGCCCAGCUCUCCUCUUCCUCUGCGGCCGGGGCAGCAGAGCCAGUGGUGGAGGCGCGCACCACAGCGACGCAGAUAACCAGGGAGCUGCUGCGCAGCAAAGGCAUCGCAGGACUCUACAAGGGCCUGGGAGCCACGCUGCUAAGGGAUGUCCCGUUCUCCAUCGUUUACUUCCCGCUGUUUGCAAACCUGAACAAGCUGGGCCAGAAAGACCCCAAUGUCAAGGCCCCGUUCUAUGUUUCCUUUCUCUCUGGAUGCGUGGCCGGUAGUACAGCUGCAGUGGCUGUCAAUCCUUGUGAUGUGAUCAAAACACGGCUGCAGUCCUUGCAGAGAGGAGUCAACGAAGACACGUACUCAGGAAUCCUGGACUGCACCAAGAAGAUCUGGCAGAAGGAAGGACCCAUGGCCUUCCUGAAAGGGGCGUACUGCCGAGCCCUGGUCAUCGCUCCUCUCUUUGGCAUCGCACAAGUCGUCUACUUCAUUGGCAUUGCGGAGUUCCUCCUGGACAUACUCCCCAAGCACCGGGCCUAGCCCUGGCAUGCCUGCCUGUGCCCGCCCGUCCUCUGCCACGCCGGAUUCAUCCCUGUGUUCGUCGUCCAUGUCGAGUGGUGUGAGAGCAACAGCACAGAGGGUUCGCAUGGGAACAUGGGAGAUAUGGUCUCCAGAUGAGCAAACAUGGGGAGGGAGAGUCUCUUUUCUAUCUUGAUCUGGAGCCCGUUCCCUCCCUCUCCUUCCAUGGACAAUACCCAAUUAUGCAUAUCUUUUUUUCUUUCCCCUUUUUUUUUUUUUCUCCUUUUUUUAAUCAUAAUUCUUAAGGACACUGGUAAGCACAGACUGGGCUUGCACACCCAGAAUUCUCUUCCCAGCAUUUAGAAGGAAGAGGGAAGGGGAAAAAGAUAACCUGAGCCCUCAUUCACCUCCGCCCUUCCCAGGGCUCCUGGCUGCCCGCAGAGGGGCUGCAGGGGCAGCUGUGUCCCUCAGCCACCUGUCCGGGUGCUGGGUCCCAAGAGGAGAGCAGGUGUCCUGCAAAGGGAUGCAAAGGGGACACUGGGUCUGGCAAGUUCCUUGGCUUGGAAACCUUUGCCUCUUUCCCUUGUUCAAAAAUGAGUUGGACUAGGAUGAAUUUCUUAAAGAUCAAAGGAAGGGAAAGGGAUCAUUGCUAUUUUUUUUUUUGUAAUUAUUUUUGUUUUAAAGCAAAGGGACUUCCCUCUUGGUGAGGUGCAGAGGCGAGGUGGCUGCUCUGUAGGGAACAUGUCUGUGGGAUCAUGUGAAUGUCGAAGGUCCUUCCCUGCUUGGCUGCAGGCAGGGGAAGGAGAGAAACUUGGGAUCAACUUCAUUUUAUUUUAUUUUUUAAUGCAGGGAUUGUGGGGAGGGAAAAGAACCAAACAAAAAGAAACCACUUACAUUCCUUCAGCCUGCCCUCCCCGAGGUGAUGCCUGCAGCAGGUGUACGGUUAGCUGUGUACACAGUUGGCUCUGUGUUUCCUGGCUUGGCCCCAGGACGUGAAAGGAGGAGCCUGGUCUGUUUCCAUAGGGUCCAAGGUACGGCAGCUGUGCUAUAAAGCCUCUGUGUUUGCUCUUACCUUGCAAGGUGAAAGCACAAGGUCUGGUUUUGUGUUGUUGUUUGACUGGGUGUGCCUGUAGCCAGCUGCUGUCAAGGAGGUUCCACGCCCUGAGCAAGGAGCUGUUGUGCAGGUGGGACUGCAGGAUUGCAAUCCCAGAAACUCAUCAUCCCUCUCGCCCUUGGGGUAGUGUUCGUUGUUGGGUGGUGGGGGCACUUCCCUGCUCCACAACCCACUCUGCCAAAGGGAUUCUGCCCAACUGCAACCACUUGUCAGAGGGCUUCUCAUUAAGUACUCUCUUGGGCUGUGCUGUUAAUCCUUGGUAAAUUAUGUUAAGUACAAGAUUAACAACCUCACCGUGAUCUUCUCCAUUAUUUAUUCCAUGUGGUGCAAUCCACCCAACCUCAAUGUUUAAAUUAAACGAGUCAAAUUCACCUUCCAUUCCUUCUUUUCGUUUGUUUCUCCAGGCACUUGCUUGGUGUUUGUGUUUCAAUUGUAUAUUUAAGUUAAUUUAAAAAAAAAAAAUCCAUGUUUUUAAUGUUUGAAAGAAAACCACCUCUGCUUCAGCAUUCUUGGGUUAGGGUAUUUCUCAAAACCCAUAUGUUGAGUGCAUUCUUCCUCGAUGCGUCCUUUUUCUCUUAGAAGUUGUUCUGUAGCUGAUUUGUUCCUUGUCACUUUGCUUAUGUGAAUCACUUUCCUUUUUUUUAAUGAUUUUUUCCUUGUAUCUGGGAAGGAAUCUGUGCAAAGAUGGUCUCCGAGUCUGGUAGAUGUCUGUGAUGUGUGUAGUGCUGUGAUGCUGCUCUUGCUCUGGAUUUCUCUUUGGUGGAUUAAAAGAGAAAGAUUUGUG